GUGUGUGUAUAUAUAUGUGUGUGUGUGUGCGCGGCGGAGCGAGGAGCUCAGAGGAGUCAGACAGAGACAUCAUGUAGACGGACACACACCGUGUUGUGUUAAAUCUCCUCACGUCUGUUUCCUGGUUUUUAUUCUUCUCUCGGGAAACGGUUUGUUUCCUCGUCGUCGCCAUCAUGUUCCUCCGCGGGUCUAAGAAGCGACGCUCCAGCCGCUCGCAGGAGGAAGAGGACCCAGACAGAGGUCAGCCCUGUAUGCGCUGCGGAGACCAGUGCCCCGGCUUCCGUGUCCAUGGCUGGAGGAAAAUCUGCGUGCACUGCAAGUGUGUGCGAGAGGAGCACGCUGUGCGCUCUGUCCCGGGACAGCUGGAGAAGAUGAUGACAAAGCUGGUAUCAGACUUCCAGAGACACUCCAUCUCCGACGACGACUCGGGCUGUGCCUCCGAGGAGUACGCAUGGGUCCCGCCGGGGCUCAAGCCAGAACAGGUGUACCAGUAUUUUAGCUGCUUACCAGAGGACAGGGUUCCUUAUGUGAACAGUCCGGGGGAGAGGUACCGGAUCAAACAACUGCUGCACCAGCUGCCGGCUCAUGACAGUGAGCUGCAGUACUGCAACGCUCUGGACGAGGAGGAGAAGAAGGAGCUGCGUCUGUUUAGUCAACAGAGGAAAAAAGAAAACCUGGGCAGAGGCGUUGUCAGGCUCUUCCCAGUAACUAUGAUGGGAGCCAAGUGUCAACAGUGUGGCCGACAGAUCUGCGGCGGAGACAUAGCGGUGUUUGCCAAUCGGGCCGGACACGGCAGCUGCUGGCACCCUCAGUGUUUCCAGUGCGCCUCGUGCACUGAGCUGCUGGUGGAUCUGAUCUACUUCUACCAGGACGGACAGAUCUACUGCGGCCGGCACCACGCUGAGAGGCUCAAGCCCCGCUGCCAGGCCUGCGAUGAGAUUAUUCUCGCGGAUGAAUGCACGGAGGCAGAAGGACGAUAUUGGCACAUGAAGCACUUCUGUUGUUUCGAGUGUGAGGCUGCUCUCGGCGGCCAGCGUUACAUCAUGAAAGAGAGUCGACCGUACUGCUGCUCCUGCUACGAGUCCAUGUAUGCGGAGUACUGCGAUACCUGCGGAGAACACAUAGGUAUCGACCAGGGUCAGAUGACGUACGAGGGUCAGCACUGGCACGCUGUGGAGUCGUGUUUCUGCUGCGCCCGCUGUCAGCUGCCUCUCCUGGGACGUCCCUUCCUCCCUCGAGCGGGGCUCAUCUUCUGCUCCAGGCCGUGCUCGCUGGGCGAAGACCCCAAUAACUCCGACUCGUGCGACUCAGCGCUGCAGAGCAGACCGCCUCAGCACAGCAGACACUGCGGGACGGCAGAGAAACACCAGCAAUGUGGUUCCCCGCUGAAGCCACCAGAGGGCAUCACUAUAACUGCAAAAGACUGCAUUCAUACUGCAGUGGAGAACAGGGGCGUCCACUCUGCUCCAGUUCAAAACGGACUUCCUGCUCCCAGUGGUCACGCUCAUCCAAGAGGCUCCUACUCACCUCUUCCCCACAUUCAUCUAGGAAAUGGUUUGGGUCCAUCUUGGCCCAGCGACCUCCCUCAUUACAGUUUACUGCCGGAGAACUGUGGUGUCAGACCUCCAGUCGGUGGUCUGCAGCAAAAUGAAAACACCGGACUAACCGGUCUGAAUUCAAGAGGAACCUCCACCGCUAAAGACUGCAGAAACUGGGUGGAGAGGACGAAUCAAGUUAUGCAAGCGUUUCCUCCCCACAAAAACUCACUUGUGAACCCCCUCGUUUCGCCCGACACUCCUCCCCUUCCUCUCAACAACCCGUCCACCCUCCCGCCUCCUCUUCCGGUCAAGACUCGUGACCUGAUACCCAGCGAGUCGCCCCCUCCGAACCUCCGGCAUCUAGAGGACAGACCCGAGGAUCCCCCGCCCUCGCUGGCUCGCAGUGGCACAGCCAGAGUCAGCUUCAGAGAACCAAUCAGCAGCAGCUACUCUGUGGACGAGGACGAGGAUGAGGAGGAGAAUGAAGAGGAGCUGCGGGAGGGCGAGGAGGGCCAGCAGGUGGAAGAGGAGGUGGAGGGAGGUUUUGGAAGCAGGUUGAAUCUGCAGAAAGGUAUCCCGCCGCAGAUGGAUCUACUGGACGGAUCCUCUUACCAUCAGCGGAAUCUGAGGCGAGGGGGGAAUCGUUGCCGUGUCCCAUCUGACCCCAGUCUCCAUCCAGGCUCGGAGAGGCGACCCCGGCGCUCGCGGACCGAUCGGCCCCAGCUGGACACGCUGGACUGGAGAGGCGAGAAAGACACGGACGGCCGGGGCUGCUCCAGUGUUCCCUCACUAAGUCUCCAGCCGGGCCACUACAAACACGAGGACACCUGCUCCACCUGUUCCUCGUCCUCAGACUCGGAGGAAGACGGAUUCUUCCUGGGACAGCCGAUCCCUCUGCCCCCGCAGCUCAGAAAACAGCAGCCUGACGGGGGCGAGGAGAGGGAGGGGGAGCAGGAGAAGGAGGUGCAGAGAGACUCGGGGCUGAGAGGAAGCUUUAGGCGGAGGAGAGCUCACAGUCUCAGUGCAAAGGACAAAGAUAAAAACUGUGCUAUUUCUUAACAGAAAGCAACAUGGACACACAGCCUCUCACUUACUGACUGGUGCUGCUCAAGAGUAACUAACGGCCUUUUCAUUAUUCUGGUCUCCAAGUUUUAUGAUGGUGUUAAACACAAAACUCAAGCACAGACUUUUCCAAAGGUGAACCUCGGCCAUCGAGGAAGAGAAGUGAGCUCCAUCCACAUGAAUAUGUUUUCAUUUUAAAAGAAAUCACCACAAGAAAAGAAAUCUCUGCUUCUACUUCUCAUCGCUUUGUCCCUUGUUUGUAGUAUUUCCUGUAACCAAGCAACCGACUGCAAAUAGACUGACUAUCUGCUUCCUGUACACACCAGCACGCACAUGCUAAGCGUACGUGAAUGGUCAUGUGAUGUGCGUUUUCAGGUGCAUUAAUAUGGAUGUAGAUUACUUCUGAUACGAAGAUAAUUGUUUGGAUGGAGAUCGUUUAUCCAUUAUUGUCUUUUCAAAACUUGAAUGAUCUCCGCCCAGAUGUUCGGUAUGAAUUCCCGUAAAGCACCAUUUAAAAAUAAAAACGUAUUUGUAUGGAUGCAGCAUAAACCUCCGAAAAGUCCAACUUCUCUGUCCAGUGUCACGUGGUGCAAGAAUCAUGUGAGUGCAGAUGGAGGUUGAUUAAUUAUUGGUUAUGAUUUUAAUUGAAAACACUCAGACCUGUUACAGUUUAAUCUCACCGCUCGUUAUCGUCAACAUCAUUUACAUGAAGCACCAGGAACCGACGGCACAUUCCAACAUUACUGUUUGUGAAAAUUAAUAACAUGUUAUUAUUACUCUGCUCUACCAUUCUCUGUGCUCUUAUGUGCAAUUUUAUAUGGUUGUAAUAUAUUACAGUAAAGAAAAGUAAAUGGCCAAAUAGUAUGUGGAGGAUGAUUACUUCAGCAACCUGUGGGAGUUUUAUACGAUCAGAAUUCACUGUGUGUGUUGAACAGUUAAUAUAAACCACAUUUAAAGUCUCUAAUCAUGUACGAAGGUCAUUUAUUUUUAUAUACAGGAACUUGGUGUAGGUCACUGGUCCGUCUUGUUUUAUUACUGAGAUGAUGAUUGAAUGUGAAAGAAACUUAUGGUGACAUUAAAUUUGUUUAAAUUGUUGGUGUAAAAGUGUUGUUGUU